GGUGAGGCUCCUCGCCCUCGGCUUCUGCCUGUCGCCCCAAGAUGGCGGACACAAUGAGCCGGUGCCGCGCUUGUUGGUCCUGAGGUGAUUGUGAGGCGGAACGGUCGGCAAGGCUCCACAGUUCAGACAGAAGAGUGUUGCCCGAGAAGGCGGAGGAAGAGGAGUAGGUGGCCCGACUGUUGCCCGCACUCCCUCUGGCCGCCAGCGCAGCGCCGGUCCUGCCCCGGUCGGCCCCUCGGCAGCCCGCCCGCCCGCCGGGCCCCGCCCCGGCCUUGCGCCGCCGCCUCUAGCAGCCGCCGCCAUGAAGCUGACCGACAGCGUGUUGCGGAGCUUCCGCGUCGCCAAGGUGUUCCGCGAGAACUCGGACAAGAUUAACUGCUUCGACUUCAGCCCUAACGGCGAGACAGUCAUCUCGAGCAGCGACGACGACUCCAUCGUGCUCUAUGACUGCCAGGAGGGCAAACCAAAGAGAACCCUGUACAGUAAGAAAUAUGGCGUGGACCUCAUCAGAUACACUCAUGCAGCAAACACAGUUGUUUACAGCUCUAACAAAAUAGACGAUACUAUUCGUUACCUGUCCUUACAUGACAACAAAUACAUCAGAUACUUUCCUGGACAUAGCAAAAGGGUGGUGGCCUUGUCUAUGUCACCUGUGGAUGACACUUUCAUAUCUGGGUCUCUUGAUAAGACCAUUCGACUCUGGGAUCUCCGGUCUCCUAACUGCCAGGGUCUCAUGCAUCUACAAGGCAAGCCAGUUUGUUCUUUUGAUCCAGAAGGGUUAAUUUUUGCUGCAGGUGUCAAUUCCGAAAUGGUCAAACUUUAUGAUCUUCGCUCUUUUGAUAAGGGGCCAUUUGCGACAUUUAAAAUGCAGUAUGAUCGGACUUGUGAGUGGACUGGACUUAAGUUCAGCAAUGAUGGCAAACUCAUUCUCAUCUCCACCAAUGGCAGCUUCAUCCGUCUCAUUGAUGCAUUCAAGGGAGUGGUGAUGCAUACGUUUGGGGGUUAUGCUAACAGCAAAGCUGUCACACUGGAGGCCUCAUUUACUCCAGAUUCCCAGUUUAUUAUGAUUGGUUCAGAGGAUGGCAAGAUCCAUGUCUGGAAUGGAGAGAGUGGUAUAAAAGUAGCUGUGUUGGAUGGCAAACACACAGGCCCCAUUACCUGUUUGCAGUUCAACCCCAAGUUCAUGACCUUUGCCAGCGCAUGUUCCAACAUGGCCUUCUGGUUGCCCACCAUUGAUGACUGACCCUCAUGCUACUCGGCUGUUUUCUGUACAGUGAGGAUGGCCAGCAGGAAGAAACUCAGAGGGGACUAAGAUGUAGUGGGAUUGGAUCAUUUGACUGGGCUGGAGAAUAUCCUUCCACAUGGCCUCCCAAGGAUGUGCUGUACAUUUACUCAAAAGAAAAAAAAUUACUUUGCGGAGCUUCUUCAAAAGGACUCUUGGUGCAGCAGAUUCAAUUGGGACUCAUUUUCCAGCUGUCACUGCAUCAAGCUCCAAAGGAGUGACCAGACUCAUGAUUAGGGUAUAGUGGGGCCCUCAAGACGCCUUCAGUUUUGAAUGUAUUUGCUGCUGAGGAGUCAGUGAAGUUGUUAAUUCUGCACAUCCCUUCUCCCACCCCCAUAAAUGCAUGGGAAGCCACAGUUCUGGUUUUGAGAUACUAGGGCAGCUCAGUACCCCUUCCCCUCAUCCUGCAUGUCUUGUUACUGGGUCUCCCUGUGUCACUGUGGCAUUAUUCCACAACCAUCAUGUUAUUUAGGUGCCAAACAUAUACAGAAAUAAGUCUCCAUACAUCUUAGGGUCAGAAAGGGACAGAUUCAGAAGGACCUUGUUUGCCAGGAAGCCUUGCAAGUUAGUCAUGUGAGGGCAUGCUUCGGCCUCUGGGUGUUGGGUGGGAAAAGGGCCAAGAGCCUGAAAAGGAGGGAGGAGAGGUAGAAGUGAGUUUGUAGGGCUUGGAUGAUUAGCAGCAGCCUAGUGUGGUGCCCCAUCGUCAACACAACCCGUGGUCCUUCUGGGUGCCUGCCAAGCUUGGGUGUGUACAAAAGCAAGGUGGGUAUCUAUUUUUGUAUAUGAGCUACAUCACGCUUUUCCUGUGGGCCAGUAUUGUGGAGUGAGUCUGAGUUGUUUACACUGAUACCUUCCCUGCCCACCACAAAUUGUGUACAUAGUCUCCAGAUGAUAACCACCCCUUUCCCAGCUCCCAACCAAGAGCUGGCUUUAGGCCUGUGUUAUAUGUUAUAUUUAGCCUUUUUAUAUAUGACUUUGGAUUCUGUUGUUUGUAUUUUAGCACAGUGUGUGUAUGCCUUCAUUUAAAUAUAUCGUGUGUGCAUACAUAUAUACAUAUAUGUAUGUGUGCAUAUAUAUAUAUAAAUAUAUUUAAAAAGUAUCAGAGUUCAGUUAAAGGAGAUGGAGUCCUGUGCCCCAGGAGAAAGACCACAUCCUUGCUAAUGGUGUUUACCACAAGUGUUAGUGAGUCUUCCCUAUUACCUUUUUCCCUUCGGGAUACUGAACAAAAGCAAAGCUUUCAAGUGUUUGCUGUCCCCAUGGCAGCUAAGUGAGGGUCUUAGAAUGACUCCCUUGUGUUCUUCAAGCCGCACUUUGGGGCUUUCUCUGCAGUAUUAGCCCCCUUUUUGCCCAGUGAUGCUCCUGUCUGCGCCUAUAUGUGUGUGACAGUCACUUCUGCAUGCCUUUUGUAUCUGGCUCCCAGCGUUUGGGGACAGGAUGCUGGAACCAGAGCAUUUCAGCUUGUCUGAGGCUUCUUUGCCAAUUACAGGUCACUCCUAUUUACCUGGUUUGUCUGCUUUCUUGCUUUUCUUUGCCUUCUCUUGGGAGAGGGAGGGUUCCGGAUUGCAGUUGAGGUGAGCUGCUGCUAGCUAUAGCCUUUCCCCCUGCAUGGCCUUCUUAGAGCAGGACAAGUGGCAUGUUAUUUUACUAAGUUACCAAACAUUGAAGGAGCUAACACAUUCCCUGCAGAUCCAGAAACAGGCUUAACAAGGUUACGAAUGAGAUGCCCAAGUGCAUCUAGCCACUAGGAGGGAAAGUAAGCCAUCACUGCCUCUGUAAAGCAGCAGCAGGAAUCGGCUGUGAAUUGCUAGCAAUUACUGUUUUAAAAGUUUUGCUUUUUUAGCAAUUGCUUUUUGGUUUGCUUGUUCCUCAAACUUAAGGGCAAGGGGCAUACAUCUUCCCCAGACACAGACUGGAAUCUGCAGCUUCUGUGGUGCCACACACUGUAUAGCUCUUUAUUCACAGAGUAGAGGGACUUUCAGAAACCAAGUGGUCUGAGCUACUACUGCCCACCCCUGGCUUUCUAGGGUAGAAAAUUCAUGGUAUGAAUAAAUUCAAAGGGUACUUGGAACUGUGGGUUAACAAGAAAGGCAGCAUAAUUAAUGCAUGCUAACAGAUCUGCAACCAGAACAGCCACCAAGCAUGACUUGUCUAUGGUUGAUGUUGAGUUCCAGUGUGUCCAAAGCUGAGGCACCCUGUCCUUUGAAAAUAUGCACUGCGUAGCUUCUAUUUAUGGGGACCUGUGACUACAGAGCUGGCUCCUGAGUUGGGAAGGAAAGGGAAAGAUGCAGCUGAAAGUGACAAGAGGUGAUGUGGUGGUGGGAAUAAGGUAGAGUUAAGGGAAAAAAGAGUAUGUGGUUCAGAGAGGCUGAGGAGGACUGGGGCUGCAAGGACACUUUCAUUGGGAGCCAGAGUGCUUAAGCUCUCCUGGGGGUAGGGAUGCACCAUGCUCCCAAGAGUCAGGGCCAAAGUCACUGAUUUUUUUAUAUGUGACAGUCACUGCACUGCUCAACCACCAGCCAGUGGGAUAUUUUUUUAGGAAAAAACUCCUCCCCUUGCAAUCAUAAUUAAUGCAUAUUAAGGAAAAAUCUGGGAAUAUUACAAAAAAUCAGUUUGCCACCCAAAUGUUACCACUGUUAACCUUUUGGUGUUAAAUGUUCCUCUAGACAUUUCUGUGCAUAGAUUUUUGGUGUGUUUACAUAGUUGUUAUUCUACUGUAUAUACAAUUUUAUGUCCCUUUUGUACUUAACAUAUAAACGUUUUUUCCAUGUUA